AUGGCCACACCAACAGCAGUCCUCAGUGAGCUCUCGGACCAUCUGCAAAAGGUCGAUCAAGAUCCUACCUGUCCGUUGGAUACAGACCUGCUCGAACGAUGCGAGCUCUCCACAAACACUCCGGAAUAUAGGAGCCAUGGCUGGAAGGACACUAGAUCGCUUUUCCUGCAAAUAGCCGCCUUGUUACCCAAACUUCAGCAAGAUCCGUCGCCACUCGUACAUUUCAUCGUCAAGUUAGCUGGGCCAUACCGUUUUGAGGACAUCAAAGAUAUCGACUUUGAGAUUGGCCUCGAUCUUCAGGCUACUCCAUUCCACAGCCUUCUGCUCACACUGCUCGAGAAGGCCACCGCAAGUAGCACAGAUGCCCAGACCCUGGCCAACCGUCCAUCAGUCAUAUUAGCCACAGUCCGUCUGUGGCUGUGUACGCAAGAUGAGGGAGUUGCGACGCAAGCCGAAGACCUUCUCACUUCAUUACUCGAAGUAUCAAAGAACGAGCCUGUAGCCAUUGAUGGCAAGUCUUCACUACAUACAUAUGGCACUGGCCCUAUGUGGCGACGGCUUUUCAGCGACCGCGACAUCAGUUCGCUAUACUAUCACUAUACAUCCCUGAAACAGCUCACUUCACCUCCACCUCCGCUUCUGAGCAAGCGGGACAAGACCAUCUCCCAAGCUAGGCUUCUAUCAUGGCUGCCUCGCGUUGCUGCUAUGGACUGGAAUGCUGUAGUCUCUUCAUAUGGUCUCCCUGUCGAGCAAGAAGUCGGUUUAAAAGAAAACCAAGGCUUACUCCACUACGCCGCAUUGAAAAUGGUCAAUACGGAAGACGACAUACUCAUGCACAUGUCAAUAAUCCAGUUCUAUAGCGUACUUAUCACAAAGGUUCAGACAAGACCUCAUCUCUCCCACUAUGACUCAAGCCUCUCCUUGGACUUCCUAAAACAGGAAGGCAUUCACAAGCACCUGGUCGACUUCCAUACUUCAGAAAAUCCCGGUGUGGACCAUUCCUUCCUGAGCAAUCGGACAGCACAGUACAUCAGCGACUACGCUUCAUGUUACCCUGAGAACUUUGAGAGUAGCAGCGAGAUGCCAAUUAUUCGCGACUACGUCCAUCGAAAUAUCCGCAAGUGCGAGGCAAGCAAUCUGAACAUCAUCGCUGCAAUGCCGAGAUCAACACUGAUUCCACGGGGAGCCUCUGGGCCAGCUUGGGACGACUGUAUCAUUUUAGACAUGCCAAUUACCAGGACAAACCAAGAUGCUUUGAAAACAUUAGCAGCCGUCUUCCAUGGUCCACCGAAAGAAGAAGUCACAUUCCCACAGACCGAAGCCCUAGGUUCCGAUAGCAAGCGUACACAGACCGAAGCCAUAUAUGCGCGUCUCCUGACUGCCCUUUUCUGGAGCAAGAAACCGACCAUGUUCGCUGACUUGACAACUCACAUGGAAACUAUUGCUAUGAAGGAAAAUGCCCUGGCUGCUCUGACGCUCGUGGGUGCCCUCAUCACGGCUUCAUGGUCUACCGAACCCCUCCCAGACGUUCCCGUAAACGAUCCAACAUAUGCCCGUCUUAACUCCUUCCCAAAGUCCGGCAUCGAUCUAAUCCUCGAUCCCAGCAUCAGCGGCGGAGUAUUCCCUUCUCUGUUGAAACCAGCUACGACCUUUUCCAACCUCGUCGGCGGUCGUGGUGAUGCUGAGAAUGCGGCCUACAUCGUUGCAACUGCAAAGUUUGAGGUCUUGAAGACGCUAGGAAGGAAGCUCGAACAAAAUGGUGAUAGACAGGACGUGCUUACCAUGGUUAGGAGGAGGGUAGGCGAGGGUGUUUGGGGUAACAACUCCAAUGCAGGAAGCAGAAUUGGGACACUGGAGUUGUAA